AUGAUACGUUCCGGAUUAAGCACCAGAAAUAUUUACAAGAACAAAAAAGAUCAUCAACAGACGAUACGAAGCGAUGAAGUGAAGUUGAACUGGAACAAAAAUGCUGUACAACCUUUUUGGCGAGUACAGUCGGGUGAAAACGGCACAACGUACGGUGGAACUGCCGAUGUCAGACAGCAAUGUUACGAAAUUGACUACUGCACCACUGGGUUCUCACCACGAAAAGAUACAGUCGAAGAUGCGGAUCACAAGUACAGAGUGGCCAAGGGAAACGGGAAAUUUAAAAUGUAG